AUAACUUUAAAUCAAAAUUUCAAGUAAAAAAAUCAAGUUCAUUAUGGCUCAAGAAAAUUUAGAAGUAAUUCCUACAAAUAAAAGUGUCAGACUCAGUAUUUCUGGAUUUUUAUAUUAUAAGCAUUCAACAAAUUAUAAACUCAGUCGUAUUUAUUGGAAUUGUAAAAAGAAGGAUGAAUGCCACGCACGAGCAACAACGUCUAUCGAUUUGGAAAAUAUUACACUUUUCAAGGGGCCUAAACAGUCUCCACACAACCAUGCUCCAAACCGAGACGCUGUCAAUGCUGAGCGAAUUGAAAGUAGAGUCAAGAGAGUUGCAGAAGAUCAUGCGGAGUUACUUCCAGCGCAAAUUAUGCGUAGAGAGCUGAAAAAUGUCCCAUCAGAAAUCCUGGCACAGUUACCUGACCGGCCAAAUCUUAGGAAACAAAUUUCUCGUGCUCGCUUACGACAAAUGCCCAGUAACCCUAUUCGUAUCGCUGAUUUAGAAGAAAUUCCAGAACAAUUUAGUCAAACUCUCGGUGGAAAUAACUUUCUUUUAUACGAUUCUUAUCACGACGAUAAAGACGAUGAGGAUUGUGGGAGAAUUAUAAUUUUUUCUUCUUCAGAGAAUUUGACACAACUGUUCAUGUGUGAUGUUUGGUUUGUGGAUGGAACUUUUAAAACUGCUCCUUCUCUAUUUUUCCAGUUAUUUUCAAUACUCGGUGCUGUUACUCAAAUUGGUGUUAAUCGAAAACCACAGACUGUUGGAUUACCUUUCGUCCAUGCUCUUUUGGAAAAUAAACGGCAAUGUUCUUGUUACUUGUAUUGCCUUAUUAAAAACAUGAAAGAAAUAUUUUUGUACGCUUUUCUAUUAAUAUUUUUGAUUUUUGUCAACUUCAAUGAAGCACAAUAUGACUAUGGUGGUUAUGCAGGAUAUGGUGGAGGACGUGGGGGAUAUGGUGGAGGACCAGGAGGAUACGGUGGAUUUGGUGGAGGACCAGGUGGAAACGGUGGAUAUGGUGGAGGACCUGGUGGGAGUGGUGGAUAUGGAGGAUUUGGUGGAGGACCAGGAGGAUACGGUGGAUAUGGUGGAGGACCUGGUGGGAAUGGUGGAUAUGGAGGAAUUGGAUACAAUUAAACACAUCACCAAAUAUACGAGAUGAGGAUAUUUUUGCUGAAAAAAAUAUCAGUAUAUAUGGCAGAAAUUAUAAUGUUGACUAUGUGUCAUAAAAACUCUGUAAAAAAAUAAAUAAUAAUUUAUUAAUAUAA